AUGGGGUUGUUGGGAAAGUUAUUAAGGUUCCUGUUGGAGCUGGGGGAUUGCUGCAAACCCACAGGCGGCAACUCUGAGUCGCUUGGGCCUCACGGCGUCUCUGCUGCCACAGUCGGCGUUUCGGGUCUUGCCCACGACCUCUUCAAUUUUGAGACCACCUCUCAGGUCCCAGAAGGACUUAGUCAGCAUGUUGUUUCAUCCAAGAAGGCUCAAGCUAACUGGUACAGAAAACUAGUUGAGACAUGGAGAGAAGCAAAGCCACCACCAAGAACAGACGAAGAGGCGGCUACGCUUGUUAUACAAACCCUCAAGGGACACAAAAAGGCUGAUGUCCAGGGCUUAUUGGCUUUCUAUGGUCUCCCUCAUCCCAAUACUCUGGUCCAAGUUUCUGCUGGGGUCCCAACUUCAUUGCCUCAAGGAGUAAAGUUUGAGUUCCAGACACUACCAGUCGAUGUAAAAGCAAUUCCAGAUGGAGAUACAGUGACUGUGUAUGUCAGCACAGAAGAUCCCAGAGAAUCUUCCUGUGUUCCGAGCGAUGUGAAGACAGCAGCCAUCCAAAGAUCAAAAGCACGCGCUAAGAAGAAUUAUACAAAGGCAGAUGAACUUCACAAAAAAAUCAUUGAUGCUGGAUAUCGGGUACUGAACGUUCAAAAUCAGGAGAUCCUUGCCCGAAAGUAUCGGAUUCGACUGAGGGGUAUAGACUCGCCGGAGAGUUCAAUGCCGUAUGGAAAAGAAGCCAAACAGGAGUUGGUUAAGCUUAUUGAGGGCAAGUGCUUGAGGGUCCUUGUCUAUGGAGAAGACCGUUAUGGCCGUUGUGUAGGUGACAUAUAUAGCAAUGGCAUAUUUGCACAGGAAGUAAUGCUCAAGAAGGGGUGUGCAUGGCAUUACACCGCCUACGACCAGCGCUCAGAACUUGCAAGAUGGGAAGAAGAGGCUCGAUUGAAGCGAGUUGGGUUAUGGGCUUCAUCAAAUCCUGAGAAGCCAUGGGAAUGGAGAAAGCAUAGACGCGAAGCCAGAUGA